CUCCACGUGAAUCCCUCCCGUCCUCCCAUUUCUUUUUUAAAGAAAAUGAAAAUUAUAACUUGGGUCCUAUCUACUAGUACACAACUGCAUCUAUAUAACUCCAUACAACCCUCCUCUUCGCCUCAAAUCUCUCUCUCUCUCUCUGUCUCUCUCUUUCUUAUGUGUCAACUGAGCUCGCUUUUCUUUCUUGGUUGUUGCUUUUAGUGGCUUUUCUUUCUUUCCUUCUUUCUGUAUAGAGUUGGCCUUAUUUCUUGAACCUUCUUUCUUUAGUAUGGACAUGGGUUUGGUUGCUAAGGACACCACCUGGUGGGUGUAUACCCUCCCAGCAUUUCUUGGGCGUAGGAACAUCUUAGAUGGCUCUAUCUUGUUUUCGCUUUUUAUGGCGUUUGUCUUUCUUGUUCUUUUUUCUUGGGCUUUUGCUGUUGGUGGUAUUGCAUGGAAAAAUGGAAGAAACCAACGAGGCCCUGUUCCCAUUCCUGGGCCUAGAGGUUUACCCAUCCUUGGUAGCCUCUUAACUUUGAGCCGUGGCUUGGCUCAUCGUUCUUUGGCUACCAUGGCGUGGAAGCGGGCUAACACUUCACUCAUGGCUUUUAGCCUUGGCUCCACUCCUGUUGUUGUUGCUUCUGACCCUCACACCGCCAGAGAAAUUUUAACUUCUAUCCACUUCGCUGACCGUCCGAUCAAACAGUCAGCUAAGAGUCUCAUGUUUAGUCGAGCUAUCGGUUUCGCUCCGAACGGCACCUACUGGAGGCUGUUGAGAAAAAUUGCUUCCUCACGUCUGUUUGCUCCACGGUCCAUAGCCGCCCAUAAAACUCUCCGUCAACUAGAAUGUGAAACUAUGCUACGCAACAUAGCCAUGGAGCAAAAACAAAAGGGUUGCGUCUCUUUAAGGAAACACCUUCAGUUUGCAUCUUUAAAUAACAUCAUGGGCAGUGUGUUUGGCAAGAGAUACGAUCCUGCGCGCGAUGCAGAGGAGCUUGAGGAGCUUAGAGACAUGGUUAAUGAAGGUUUUGACCUUUUGAGUGCAUUUAACUGGUGUGAUUAUUUACCAUGGCUGAAUUACUUCUAUGACCCAUUUCGUAUACAUGAACGUUGCUUGAAACUUGUUCCUCGAGUUAGGAAACUCGUUGCAGGCAUUAUUGAAGACCACCGACUCAAUAAGUCAAGAAGGAAGUGUGGUAGUUGUGAUUUUGUUGACGUUUUGCUCUCUUUGGAUGGUGAAGAGAAACUUGAAGAGGAUGACAUGGUUGCUGUGUUGUGGGAAAUGAUUUUUAGAGGGACUGAUACAACAGCUUUACUAACCGAGUGGAUCAUGGCCGAGUUGGUGUUGCACCCGGAGAUUCAAGAAAAGCUUCAGAGGGAACUAGACGGAGCUGCGAAAGAUGGGAACUUGACAGACUCUGAGGUGGCAAAUUUACCUUAUUUAAAAGCAGUGGUGAAAGAAACUCUAAGGGUCCACCCACCAGGCCCACUCCUUUCGUGGGCCAGGCUGUCCACGUCAGACGUCCAACUCAACAAUGGAAUGAUAAUACCCUGCAAUACAACUGCAAUGGUCAACAUGUGGGCAAUAACCCAUGACCCUGGCGUCUGGGUGGAUCCACUGGUAUUCAAGCCAGAGAGAUUCUUAAAUGGUGAUGUGGACGUGAAGGAUGGUGAUCUGAGGCUUGCACCCUUUGGGGCAGGGCGUAGGAUUUGCCCUGGGAAGAAUCUAGGGCUAGUGACAGUGAUCCUUUGGGUGGCUAAGCUGGUGCACCAGUUCCAGUGGGUUCAGGAUUUGGCAAACCCAGUGGAUCUCAGUGAGGUCCUAAGGCUGUCUUGUGAAAUGAAGAAGCCUCUGCAAGCUGUGGCUUUGCAAAGGACAGGAGUUUCCACUUAGGGUGUUUGUGGGAGAACUAUAUGACUAGCUUGUAUUAUUAAGCUACUAAAGUCUACAGGGUUAUGCCCUAAUUUCCCUUUUUCAAGUUAGUUUUUUUAUAUUAGUUAAGUGUAGGUGUAGUUAAGGUCUGUAAUUUUGUGUAUGUGAUCAUAUGUUUUCUUUGAGAUAUGUAUAAUUAACUACCACUUCAGUUUCUUGAA